AUGAAUUUUUAUGGAGGAAUGUAUACUUUUGCAUUUGCUUUACUAUUCGGUCUAUAUACUGCAGGGCGUGUUACAGCCUAUGUCUUCAAAAAGAAUAAGCAUAUUUUAACUUUUAAAGUUAGAUUAGUGUUUCUGUUUGCAUUUGUGAUCUAUCUCAGGUCAUGGUAUAUAGAAAAGAUAUUAAACAGUUGCUCCAACUGGACAAAGGGACUUUCAUUGGAGUUAGAUUAGUCAAAAGAAUUUUGUGAGUUCAGGGUUCCAUAAGUAUGCUUUGCUGAAAUUAUUAGUGAUUGGUAAGACUUUACAAGGUAUUUUAAGAAUCUUCAAUGUGAAAAUGUACCAACAUUCCCUGAAAUAUUUACAGAAUAUUACAAGACUGAUAAACCAUUUAUUGCUUUGCCUCUUACCAAAAAUUUUGACUAUGACAGUAGAAAUGAAUACUUGAUUAAAGAAGCAGUUGUUUACAAUGCUACAGGAUACGAUACCUUAGAAUAAGCUAUCAAAGAUGGCUAUGAAGUCAUUCUUGAUACUAAGAACUCUAAUUUUAUCAAUCACAUAGAAAGAAAUGAAACUUUAGUAGAAGAAAGGAAAAAGCUCUAGCCUAAAGAUCGUGGAAACCUUACAGAUAACUUAAUGCUAGUAUUCAUAGAUGCAUUUUCUAGGUAAAGAGCUCAUCACAAGCUGCCAAAGACAAUGGAAUUCUUUAAAGAAAGAGAUCACAAAGAAUUUUUUAGACUACACGCCAUGCAUGACAGAACAGUAGAAAAUAUGAUGCUAUUCCUCUAUGGAAAGACUAGGGAAGAUUUGAGUUAUGGACCAGCAUAUCCACCCUAUGAUGAAAACUAUCUACCUGACUUUGAAAAUAAGCUAAUAUCUCUAAUAGAGGAUUUCUAGUCUCUUGGAUAUAUAACAUCUUAUGCAGCAGACAUUUGUGAGACUAAUCUAUUUGGCCAGAAAGACAGAUAUAAGAGGUUUGUAAAAAAUACUCCUGCAGAUCAUGAAAGUGUGGGUACAACUUGUGAUCCCCAUAUCUAUGACUUUGUUGGUGGCAAAGCUUAGUUCUAAGGCUUCUUCUCAAUCUUUAGGCAUUGUCUCUAUUAGAGAGACUCUUUCGUGUUUACAUUUGACUAUGCUAAAUAAUUUUGGAAAACAUAUAACUAAGAUAAAAAGGUAUCAAUAGUCGUUUUGAUGGAUGGACAUGAGGAGACAGGUGAGGUUAUUCAAUAUGUCGAUGAGCCCCUUAAUCAACUCUUAAGAGAAGUUGAGCAAGAUAACACUACCAUCAUUCUAUUUAGUGAUCACGGUUUGCAUAUUGGGGGUAUUAGGAAAAUAUUUGGAGGGGUUUAAAGAGAUGUUGAGAUGUUUAAUCCAUUCAUAAUGACUUAAAACUUAAAAGGGCUAAAGCCUGAGUAUCAAAAAAAUUUCGAUUAUAACUAGCAAAAACUAAUUACCCAUAUGGAAUUCAGGAAUUUUCUAAAGUAUUGGGCCAGUGGAGAAUAUCAAGAGAGAAGUCUAAUAUCAAAGCUACCUAAUGAUUAGGAAAAUUGUGACUUUAUUGGCUUUUUCUGUUAAUGCUAAAACUAUGAAACAAAUCUAAAGUCACACUCACUUGAAUGA